AUGAAUUACUCUUUGCCGAUCUCAAAUGCUUUUGCCUCAUUAGAUGUUUUGAGCAGCGUAUGCGAACAAUAUCAGUGGAAAUGGGUUGAGGGCAUGCUGAUAGGAGGCUGCCUCCAAUACGGGCUAGAACGGUACGCUGAGGCACUUGAGUGGUUCUCUAGGAUUGUUAAAGUAGAUGAGUGUCAUGUCGAAGCCAUAACCCAUAUGGGUGCGGCUUUGUAUUGUCUCAAUCGCCAAGCCGAGGCUGAGCAGAGCUGGCUCAAGGCUGUCAAGCUGCAGCCCUGCCAUUUGGAUGCUACCGAGCAUUUGGUAGCUCAUCUGUACAAAAACCGCGGCGGCGAAGCUGUAGAGGUGAUAUCUUCCGUUCAGAAAGCGUUGCGUCUCACGACACAAGAAAUGGCUUGCGGAGAUGCCGAGAGGAUCACGUCCGAAUCUAGAACAGACAAAGUGCCGAUUCAGUCCAGUAACGCCGGAGCCGGCUUGAGUCACUCAAACAAGUGCCAGGAAGUUGACUCGGCAGGUUUUGGAUCUAGCGGCUAUAUGCUACCAGGACUCAAAAACGGAAGGAUUUUGGCCCUGGUCCACGCCAAAGGCACCAUACUGUAUGGUAGGAGGGACGUUCAGCGCGCAGCAGAAGCGUUUCAAGAAGCCGUAUUGAUCAGCAUAGGGCGGCAGGUCACUAAUAUACAAGAGUUGAUCUGUCGUAUCCAGUAUGCAUUAACAGCACAAGACGGACAGCAAAUAGCGGAGGGUAACAGGACACACACUCCCGCGCUACCGAUGCUCCCUCCGGAGAAGGCUAGACACACCUCCCGUCUGGUGUUCGGUAGCAGCGGUGAGCUUCCUGGUCUGGACUCCAUGUCUAGUGGCAGCUCCAACUCAUACUUGUUCCGUGGCUCCUCGCAAGUGGGGGAUAUACUUUCUCUGUACUAUCUGUCUUUAUCUCUUCAGGAAAGCCCGUCUACAGCCAAUAAUGUUGGCAUCCUUUUGGCUGGAAUUCAGCAAUUGCCUGCAACGUCAUCCCUCGAGGCUACGAGAGUUUCAUCGCAGACGCAAAUACCUGGAAUCAACCCCGGGAGUGGUCUUGCUUUGGCCUUGUCGUACUACAACUACGGUCUUCGCCUCGAUCCAAACCACGUUCAUCUUCACACAAAUCUGGGCAGCUUACUGAAAGAUGUUGGUCAACUGGAUUUAGCCAUACAAAUGUACGAGCGCGCAGUGUCUUGCGACGGCAGGUUUGACAUUGCUUUAACAAAUCUUGCCAACGCUAUCAAAGACAAGGGGCGAAUCAACGAUGCAAUAUUGUACUAUCGACGUGCAGUACAUGCAAACCCAGAGUUUGCGGAGGCAGUAUGUGGACUCUUCACGGCCUUGAACUCUGUUUGCAACUGGCAUGGUCGUGGCGGCGUUCUGCUGGAGUCUGGAAGGUUUGACCGAUGGCACGUCGAUGCUAACGGGGGGCUUGUUGAUGUUCAAGCCAGCGAACGCGGCAGCGGCCUCACGCAACGCGUGGUUGAAAUUGUCACCCAGCAACUGAGGGACGCAUGCCAUUGGGGGCUAGGCGUACUACACGAUUCUGCUAUAAGCGGACUGAUGGAACAACUGCAGCAUUUGUGCAAGGACCCAUCCUUCAAGCUGGAUGAGGCUCUUCAUGAAUGGGCUGGAAAACCUUGGGAAGGGUCCCGUUUGGUGCGUUUGAUAGAGCGCGCCGCCAAGGUGAUGCAGAGAAAUUGGUACAGAGAUCUGCAUGUGACGGGAAGACAUGGUCCAUCGCGGUAUGUCAGGCCGAGAUUACCCCCGAGCCUGACUGUCCCAUCCGCUCCCACCGUCCUGCCUUUUCAUACCUUCACUUGCCCGUUAUCCGCAAGCCAAAUACGGGUGAUAGCGCAACGGAACGCUCUCCGAAUAUCAUGCUCGACGCUUCGAUCGCCUUGGAUACCAUCGAUGAUCUAUCCGCCGCCUUCGCCACCCCGCCCGCAUUUGAACGUGGGAUAUAUUUCCUCGGAUUUUAAUAAUCAUCCCUUGGCACAUUUGAUGCAAUCGUCGUUCGGCCUUCACGACACAAAGCGAGUACGAGCAAUUUGCUAUGCCACAACUGCAAGCGAUGGGUCCGUUCAUCGGCUGCAGAUUGAAAAGGAAGCACCGGUGUUUCGAGAUGUCAGCAGUUGGUCCCCAGAUAGACUACUUGGCCAAAUCUCACGCGACAACGUUCAUAUCUUGGUUAACCUGAACGGCUACACUCGUGGCGCACGCAACGAGAUAUUUGCCGCCAGGCCAGCUCCGAUCCAGAUGUCAUUCAUGGGGUUCGCUGGUACGUUAGGCGCAGAGUGGUGUGAUUACAUCCUUGCCGAUAAGACGGCUGUCCCAGCUACGACUCUCCGCCCCUGGAGAGAUAAUAUUUCGAUAGAGGACCUCUUUUGCGACGACAACGAAGGCAUGAAGGGCGACUGGAUGUACUCGGAAAACGUGAUCUUCUGCCGUGAUACAUUCUUCUGCUGCGACCAUGCGCAAUCCUGUGCCUCGGGUGAGAAUGGCAUCACCUGGGAUGAGGUCGAGCGUAAGAGGUGGGAGAUGCGGAAGGAGCUGUUCCCAGCGCUGGAAGAUGAUGCCAUUAUUUUAGGCAACUUUAACCAGCUCUACAAGAUUGAUCCCACUACGUUUCGAUCUUGGCUGCGGAUUCUGUCGCGGGCCCCGCGGGCGGUGUUGUGGUUACUACGAUUUCCUGAACCUGGCGAGAGUAAUUUGCGAGCAACUGCAAGGGCCUGGGCGGGAUCCGAAGUCGCAAACAGAAUUUUCUUCACCGAUGUGGCUCCAAAAAGCCAGCAUAUAUCGCGAGCCAGGGUUUGUGACUUGUUUCUCGACACUCCCGAGUGCAACGCGCACACCACAGCUGCCGAUGUACUGUGGUCGAGUACUCCGCUUCUCACCCUGCCGCGAUAUGCGUACAAAAUGUGCUCUCGUAUGGCCGCGUCCAUUUUACGGGGAGCACUCCCCCGUUCGGUCGAAGGCGAACAAAUCGCAGCCGAACUCAUCGCCAGCAGCGAGGAAGAGUACGAACAGCGAGCAGUGGCUUUGGCGAAUGGCGCGACAUAUACAGCGAACGGGACAGGAUAUGCCCAGGCCAAGGGCCGCUUGGCCAGUAUUCGAAGACUGUUGUGGGAUAACAAGUGGCAGUGCGGCUUGUUCGACACCCAGCGAUGGGUCAACGACCUGGAGAUGGCUUACGAAGAGGCAUGGCGGCGUUGGGUCAAUGGCACCGGCGGUGAUAUAUUCCUCUGA